AUGGAGGUAUCUAAUAUUAUUGAAAAAAAACAUAGUACUCUUUCAGAAAGACAUGAUAAUAUUAAUGCUUUUAUUAAAAGAUAUAACAGUAACUUUAGUUUGGAUAAAAGUUGCAGAAGAACAUCAUGUUUUGAUGAUGAAAAUGUAGUAGCUUUAAAAAGUAAUUCUGAAUGUUUUUCAGCCAAUAAACUAACAUUAAGAGAUUCAAUUCAAAAAUUACCACAAAGUGAAGAUUCUAGUGCAACUGAUUUUUGUCCUAUUGGAGUUGUUUCAGAAAAUGGAAUGUUAAGUAUAACAACUAAAAAUCAAUUUCAAGGAUUUGGAUGGGUUAAAGGUGUUCUUUUAAGAUGUAUUUUAUGUAUUAUUGGAGCAACACUUUAUAUGCGUAUGUCAUGGAUUGCAGGACAAGCUGGAAUAUUUCUUGGAAUGAUGGUAAUUUUAUUAUCAUUAAUAGUUGUUACAAUAACAGCUGUCUCAAUGUCAGCUAUUGCUACAAAUGGUGAAAUAAAAAAUGGUGGUUGUUAUUAUUUAAUUUCAAGAUCAUUAGGACCAGAAUUUGGUGGUUCUAUUGGUUUAAUAUUAUAUAUAGCAAAUAUGGUUAAUGGUGCUAUGAAUUGUGUUGGAUUAGCAGAAUCAUUAGUAUUUCUAUUUGGACAACUUAAUUUUAAAUUAUUUGAUGGUGGAAUUAAUGAUGUUAGAGUUUAUGGAUUAUCAACAUGUGUUAUUUUACAAGGUAUAAUUUUUAUUGGAACAGAAUUUGAAAAUAAAACACAAAUAAUUCUUUUAAUAACAAUAAUUUUAUCUAUACUUUCACAUACUAUUGGAGCAUUUUUACCUGUUACACAAGAACAAUUAAAACAUGGAAUUAUUGGUUUUUCAUUUAAAACAAUAAUGAAUAAUUUUUGGCCAGAUUUUAGAGAUGGUAAUAGUUUUAUUACAGUAUUUGGUGUUUAUUUUCCAGCAAUGACUGGUAUAAUGGCUGGUGCUAAUAUGUCAGGUGAUUUAAAAGAUCCAUCAAAAUCAAUUCCAAUAGGAACAAUGACAGCAAUAAUGAUAACAACAAUAAUAUAUUCUGGUACUAUGUUACUUUCUGCAUGUGCAACAGUAAGAGAUUCAACAGGAUUUAAUAUACCAACAUUUUCAAAUAAUAAUUAUGAUCUUAUAUUACCAACAUGUCGUCAAAAUAAUACAUGUAAAUUUGGUUUAGCUAAUGAUUAUCAAGUACCAUUAACACAAGCAGCAUUUAGUCCAUUAAUUAUUGCUGGAAUAAUUGCUUCAACAUUAUCAUCUGCCUCUGGAUGUUUAAUUGGUGCACCAAGAAUAUUUCAAGCACUUUGUCAAGAUAAAUUAUUUCCAGGAUUAUCAUAUUUUGGUAAAGGUAGAGGUAUAACAAAUGAACCAUUUAAUGCAUAUUUUUUAACAUUUUUUUUAACAUGUUGUGUUAUACUUAUUGGAGAUUUAAAUGCAAUCUCUGAAAUUAUAACAAAUUUUUUUUUAGCAGCAUUUGCUAUAACAAAUUUUGCAUGUUUUGAUUCAUCAGCAAGUAAAUCACCUGGUUUUAGACCUGGAUUUAAAUAUUAUAACAAAUGGUUAUCUUUAUUUGGUUCUGUUUUAUGUAUAAGUUUAAUGUUUAUAUUAUCAUGGGUUACAUCACUUAUUACAUUAUUUAUUUUUGCUAUAUUAUUUUUAUAUCUAAAACAUUUGGCAAAAACUGUUAAUUGGGGAUCAUCAUAUGAGGCUAAUAGAUAUCGUAUUGCAUUAAUGGAACUUUUAAAAUUAUCAAGACAUGAAGAACAUGUUAAAAAUUAUAGACCACAGUUUCUUGUUUUGACAGGAAAUCCAGCAGCUCGACAAUGCCUAGUUGAUUUUACCUACAGUAUAAGUGGAGGACAAAAUCUUAUGAUUUGUGGGCAUGUUGUCCCUUAUAAAUCGUCUGUUUCUGCAACAGAUUUUAUACGAAAUUUAAAUUCAAGAUUAACUGAUUGGUUGAAAGAUCAAAAGAUUAAAGCAUUUUAUUGUGGUGUUGCAAAUAAGUCACUUCGAAUGGGUGUUCAGGCAUUAUUACAAACUGUUGGUUUAGGUAAAAUGCAACCAAAUAUUUUAAUGAUUGGUUUCAAACAAAAUUGGAUAAAACAAGUUCGUAAAAAUGAUGAAAAAAUUUAUGUUACUGAGUAUCUUGGUGUUAUACUUGAUGCUUUAUUAAGUAAUAUGAGUAUAUGUAUUUUUAGAAAUGGUAAUGAUAAACUUGAUCAUAGUAUGGAUUUAGCUAAUAGAUAUGAUGGGUUAAUGCUUCAAUUAUCAGAUAAACAAUUAAUGGAAGCUGAAAGUGGAUUACAUGAUGACUUUUUAUUAGGAAGAGAGAUAGAAAAAAUUAGACCAGUUGCAGGAAUAAUUUCAAAAACUGGUAUUAUUAAAAAUAAAAGUGUUGGAAGCUUAAUAAAUAUAUCAUUUAAUACAAGAAAAGUAUCAAAUGUAGUUUAUUCUGCAAAUUCAAGAAUUAAUUUAGGUAAAAAAUUUAGAUGCAAAAUAAAAGAGGGAGAUAUUGAUGUAUGGUGGUUAAAUGAUGAUGGAGGAUUAACUUUACUUAUUCCUCAUUUAUUAGUUGUAAAUACACAAUCUUUUCUUCAUGAAGCAAAUCUUAGAGUAUUUGUCAUCUGUUCACCAACAGCAAAUCCAAAAGAAACCAAAACAGAAAUGGAAAGAUUAUUAAAUAAAUUUAGAAUUAAUUUUACUCAUGUUAUGGUUAUUGUAGAAGAGGAUAAUGAUUUAUAUCGUGAAACAGUAGAUGAAUAUAAUGGAUAUUUAGAAAUAUUGAAUCCUAAAGAUGAUCCUGAAAAUCAUACAAUAAAAAGUGAUCUUCUAGAAUCAUUUUCUGCAAAAACAAAACAGUAUCUCCGUUUACGUGAAUUAUUAUUAGAACAUUCAGCUGCUUCUCAUUUAGUUAUAUUAACACUUCCAAUAGCACAUGAAUCUGUUAUCAUUUCACCAUUAUACUUAUUAUGGCUUGAAGUAUUGACAAAAGAUAUGCCACCUACACUUUUAACAAGAGGAAAUAAUACUCCAGUUUUGACAUCACUUUCAUAA